AUGGCUAUGGCUUCUUGCACCACAAAAUUCUCCGCUAAUUUCGCUAACUCCGGUCAAUUGAACAAGCCAGUUAUCAAAAACUCAGAUGGGGUUGUGAAAUUUUCAGGCUUUAAAAUCAAGAAAGUUUCAGUCAGCCUCUCCUUGUCUUCUUCGCAUUGUAUAUGUCAGUGCCAACCACUUGCUAGCCGGAGCCUCUUUUCUGCUGUUGCUUCUCCUCCAAGCGGUAAUAAUCCUCAGCCCGUUUCGAUUGUGGCCGCAAAAGGCUAUAAAAUGAAGACCCACAAGAUGGGAUUGAGAAAUGACAUCACCCAGUAUACAGAUGGAAUCACUGAUAUCGAAUGUGAUAUGAAAGUGUUUGUUACUUUGUUUAUCAUAAUGUUUUUCGCUUCUGCUAAACGAUUCCGGGUGACUGGAAGUGGGAAGAUUAUAAGGAGGAGAGCUGGGAAACAACAUUUGCUUGCAAAGAAGAAUAAUAAGAGGAAAUUGAGGCUUUCCAAAAUGCUACAAGUUGACCGCAGUGACUACAACAAUGUGAUUGGUGCAUUGCCCUAUCUGAAGCUUAGUGUAUCUGAUUUGCUGCUUUAUCAUCUUCAUGGCUUCUAUGGUCUUUUUUUUUGCCCGUUCAGCGAUUUUGUUCCACUGGACGACUAA